AUGGACACACAAGCAGGAAUAUCUCAGAAGGACAUCUAAUGUUAUCCCCGGAUUGUGACAUAAAAGAUAAUGACAGUAGACAGGAUUCUCCAGGAGCAAACCCCAUUACCCCAAUUAUACAUCCAGCUCUAUCAGCUGGUCCCUCUGAUCCUGGGAAAUGUUCUCCUGAUCACUCUGAUAUUGGUGCAUCUGUUACAGCUCGGAGAGUAGAUACAGUGUUUCCUUGUUCUAUAGAUGCCAAAUGUUUUACACAGAACACAAAGCUUAUUACCCAUCAGCCAGCUAAGGCAGGGGAGAGGCCAUUUCCAUGUUCUGAGUGUGGGAAAUGUUUUACAUACAAAUCAGCUCUUGUUACACAUCAGAGAAGACACACAGGUGAGAAGCCAUUUCCAUGUUCUGACUGGAAAAUGUUUUGCAUGGAAAUCACAACUUGUUACACAUCAGCAAAGUCACACAGGUGAGAAACCAUUUCCAUGUUCUGAGUGUGGGAAAUGUUUUACAUGGAAAUCACAACUUGUUACACAUCAGCAAAGUCACACAGGUGAGAAACCAUUUCCAUGUUCUGAGUGUGGGAAAUGUUUUACAUGGAAAUCACAACUUGUUACACAUCAGCAAAGUCACACAGGUGAGAAGCCAUUUUCAUGUCCUGAGUGUGGGAAAUGUUUUGCACAGAAAUCAGAUCUUGUUAAACAUCAGAGAAGUCACACAGGUGAGAAGCCUUUUUCUUGCUCUGAGUGUGGGAAAUGUUUUACACGGAAAUCACAACUUGUUACACAUCAGCAAAGUCACACAGGUGAGAAUCCAUUUCCAUGCUCUGAGUGUGGGAAAGGUUUUGCACAGAAAUCAGAUCUUGUUAAACAUCAGCGAAGUCACACAGGCGAGAAUCCAUUUCCAUGCUCUGAGUGUGGGAAAGGUUUUGCACACACAUCAGCUCUUCUUAUACAUCACAGAAGUCACACUGGUGAGAAGCCAUUUCCAUGUUCUGAGUGUGGGAAAUGCUUUGCACAAAAAUCAGAUCUUGUUAAACAUCAGAGAAGUCACACAGGUGAGAAGCCUUUUUCUUGCUCUGAGUGUGGGAAAUGUUUUACACGGAAAUCACAACUUGUUAUACAUCAGAUAAGUCACACAGAUGAGAAUCCAUUUACAUGCCCUGAAUGUGGGAAAUGUUUUGUACACAAAUCAGAUCUUAUUAGUCAUAACAGAAGUCACACAGGUGAGAAUCCAAUUACUUGCUCUGAGUGUGGGAAAUGUUUUACAUGGAAAUCACAACUUGUUAUACAUCAGAGAAGUCACACAGGUGAGAAGCCAUUUCCAUGUUCUGAGUGUGGGAAAUGUUUUGCAUACAAAUCAGAUCUUGUUAAACAUCAGAGAAGUCACACAGGUGCAAAGCCAUUUCCAUGUUCUGAGUGCGGGAAAUGUUUUACACAGAAAUCACAUCUUGUUAGACAUCAGCAAAGUCACACAGGUGAGAAUCCAUUUCCAUGCUCUGAGUGUGGGAAAUGUUUUUCACACAAAUCAGCUCUUGUUAUACAUCACAGAAGUCACACAGGUGAGAAGCCUUUUUCUUGCUCUGAGUGUGGGAAAUGUUUUACACGGAAAUCACAACUUGUUAUACAUCAGAGAAGUCACACAGGUGAGAACCCAUUUCCAUGUUCUGAGUGUGGGAAAUGUUUUGCACAAAAAUCAGAUCUUGUUAUACAUCACAGAAGUCACACAGGUGAGAAGCCUUUUUCUUGCUCUGAGUGUGGGAAAUGUUUUACACGGAAAUCACAACUUGUUACACAUCAGAGAAGUCACACAGGUGAGAAGCCAUUUUAAUCUUCUGGAGUAUACUUAUCAUUGCCAUGCGUUGUUCUUCAAGGUUCUUAUCCUAUCUCCUAUGCUUUUUGCAAUAAUACAUGCUACCGCAGGGUGAAAUAAUCAGAUGUCAUGCCCUCAUCUACCACUGCUAUGCAGAUCUGUCUUUUGC